AAGGAAAGCAUGUAAAACACCACGACUUUAUACUGGCUGUCGCCAGAGACACUUUUGUAAGAGCUAUGGGAGAUGCAAGGAGUAUCAGAAACCAGGCGCUCCUCACAGAAGUUGCAGUCAAAGAGCUGAAGGCCGCUGGGAUUAUGACAUCAUCACCAGGUAUCACCAGCCCUGUACUACUGCAGCUAGACAGCGCCUGGUAA